AUGGCCGCUGCAAGUGACAACAAAGCACCGUUUGAGAAGGUUGUGGUGGCCGGCGCCGGCCCUGCAGGACUCCUCUCAGCACUACUCCUGGCGCAACAAGGCAUUCACGUAACAGUCCUUGAGUCGUGGGACCGUCUCGACGAGCGACUCCGCGCCACUCAGUAUGGGGUACCCGCCACUCGUGUCUUCCGGAAGGCUGGUCUGAUAGACGACAUCCGCGACGCUUCCAUCGAGAAUUUCCCUUCUAUCUGCUGGCGGAAGACCAGCACUCAUGAGCGAUUGGCUGGCGUCGACUUGUCGGUUAUCAAAGACCACCCGGAUCGCAUGACUAUUUUGCCGUUGAAUCUGUUGGUCCGGAUCAUUUAUCGUCACUGUGUGGAAAAGACGCAAGGAAGGGUCGAGGUCAAGUUCAAGCAUGAGGUUGUAGCUGUAGGACAGGAUGAUGAACGCGCAUGGGUCGAUGUCAAGGUUGAUGGAACACCAGGGACAACUCGCUUCGAGGCAGAUUACCUGAUCGGCUGCGAUGGUAGCAAGAGUGUGGUUAGACAUUGCUUGUACGGCCGCCAUUGGCCUGGUGUGACUUUCGACUGCCACCUGCUGGUCCAAAAUGUGUGGUACGAUGGCUUCGAGAAGCACGGCUGGGAUGGCGGCAACUACAUGGUUGACCCAAACUAUUGGGGUUUGAUCGCAAAACGUGGAAAGGGAGGUCUCUGGCGGGUAACUUACGGCGACAUCGAUGGCCUCACCGACGAGGAAUACGAGCAGCGCCGGCCAACGGUCUUUGAGAAAAUGCUGCCAGGUCAUCCCAAGCCUGGACAGUACAAGAUCACCCAGACGGAUCACUUCCGUACGCACAACCGCUGCGUCGAGUCGAUGCGUGUCGGUCGCAUCCUCCUGGCUGGUGAUGCAGCCCACGUCAACAAUCCAUGGGGGGGUUAUGGCUGCAUGGCUGCAGUCCUAGAUGCCGGUGCCCUAGCGGAUUGUCUGAUCGGGGUCUACAAAGGCCAAGCAGGCGACGAGAUCCUGGAUUUGUAUGCCCAAAUCCGGCGCGAAAAGUAUUUGAAGUAUAUCGACGAGCGAUCGCAGCGAAACUUCAAUAGGGUUCGCAACAACGAUCCGGACCACGUCCUGCAAAACGACAAGCUGCUGAAGAUCUUCCAAGACUUGGAAGGAGAUGCGGCAGGGACAAAGACUUUCCUUCUGGUAGGUGAAGGCGGCUACAGAGCGAAACUACCCCUGGCAAAACCUCUAUUCGGCUAA